AGCCAGUCUUCCAGAAGUGGUAGAGAGCAGAGCAGCUUGGAGCCAGAGACUGCAGAAGCAUAUCCUCGGCUGCUGCGAGCCCACCUGACAGCACGGCAGAGCGGGCGGGCAGCAUCGGCCAGCCUCCCGGUUUAUAUCGCAUCACGCCGCGUCCUGGAGGGGAAUGGGGGGGCACCCAGCCCGCUAGCUAACUAACUAGACUUCUCUAGAAGCGGUGAAGGCUCACGGCCGACGCUCCAAAAAGAUGGUAUCCUGGAUGAUUUCGAGGAUAGUCGUCCUUGCCUUUGGGACGCUCUACCCAGCAUACUCUUCAUACAAGGCUGUCAAAACGAAGAAUGUUAAGGAAUAUGUGAAGUGGAUGAUGUACUGGAUAGUGUUUGCGUUGUUUUCUACAGCAGAGACAGCCACAGACUUGCUCCUAUCAUGGUUUCCUUUUUACUUUGAGCUGAAGAUUGCCUUUGUGAUCUGGCUCCUGUCCCCGUACACUAAGGGCUCCAGUGUCCUCUACCGCAAGUUUGUCCACCCAACGUUGUCCAACAAAGAGAAGGAGAUAGAUGAGUACAUCGCGCAAGCCAAAGACAGGAGUUAUGAGACCAUGAUGAAGUUUGGAAAAAGGGGCCUCAACCUGGCUGCUAAUGCUGCUGUCACCGCAGCCGCCAAGGGGCAGGGCGUACUGUCGGACAAGCUGCGGAGUUUCAGCAUGCAGGACCUGACUCUCAUCAACGCUGAGGAUGAGCUGGAUCUGCACACCUCAGACGCCCGCAUGAGACGGGAGCCCAAGGACGAUUUGAGCUCAGGGUCCAGCACGCUGCCCCGGGCCAAGAGCACCGCUGGACGGCAAACCCGCUCUCUAGCGGCCAUGUCCCUCGCUGACGACACGUCAUCCCAACACAGCUCUGACCAAUCAGACACAAGGACUGAACACUCUGAUGAAGAUCUAGGAGACAAAGCCCCCAAACGCACUACCAGCGUCAAGGCAACCAAGAAACCUGCUGCUGCUGCUUCUAAGACAGAGACUCAAACCAAGACGGUGAAGAAGCCGACCAAGAAAAAGGCCACAACUAACAAUGCAGAGACGCCACCAUGAGGUCUGCUGUCCACGUCAACUGGCCGAAACUCUCUCGACCCACAGCCUGCGAGCCCUUUGUCCUCUUAGUUUCCACACAAACACACAUACACUGUGUAUAUUAAGCACCGAAUUGUGUCACUCCUGCUGGUUUUUAGAGAAAAAUGCAGGUUUUGGUUUUUAGCAGUAUGUGGGCACCCUUUGGUAGGGAACAGUUCUUUGUCACAGACUGUUGUUGCAUAUUUUUCCUCACUCUUUACUUCCUGUGAGUUAAUCACAGGUUAACAGUUGGGUUCUUAUUUAUUAAUGGUCAGUGAAACAUCCAUAAAUGCUCCAUUUUUUGUCCUUUAACCCCUAGACAUAUAGGUCCCUAUAAUAGGUGAGAAUGUAACCUGGCCUUGUUGCAGUUUUCACGUCCAAUUGCUGCCAUUGUGACAUCCUCAAUUUAGGCUGUUUUUGGUUAAAGUAUCACCAGUAAAAUAUCAUAUGUUUCAGACCUAACAGCUCAGCUCAUAAUAUGACCACCAUGUAUCUUAGGCCUCACAGCUUUAGGGAGAGUUUAGCUUCUCCGCAUUAGGUCUGUAUAGUGAGUCUGGCUCUGCCAAGUUCAGGUCUCACUUUCAGCAACUUACUUCCGCUCGGCUUAUGUGACUUUUACGUCCUGUGCGGUACUGGUGAUAGGAGUGGUUUGCUUAGUGUUGGCUUAGUUAUUCUUCACUUAGACUUCACUCUUCGUUAUUACGCUUCUGUUUUAUCCCCUUCUUUUGGUCUUAUGUCAUUAGUAAUAGGUAUGAUCAGUUGUGCAAAGCCAGGCCUCUUGAGAUAAUGCUGCAACUCCAUAAAACAUAAAUACAGUAGUCAUUAAAGAGUUUCUGGUGUUUGUGAAGCAACAUAUCUGCUUUCACCACAGUAGUGAUGUCUGUAUAUUGUUUGUGUUUAACAUUUAAAAAGUCAUGGAGUAGCUCUACACUUUCUAACUCCUUUUACCCAGCUGUGUGGUGACACUCAGCCUUUUUGUAAUGUUUAUCUCAGAAGACAGAAUAAAGCAUAGCUUAAUGGAAAGAAUUAAACCAACAUCAGGAGAUUGUGAGGAAGUAUUUCAGCAUUCCCGUUCUGUUGUUUAAGAUGUGGAGGAAGUGUCAAUCCAGACUGUGGGUGUUUCUAAACACACUGGACUUUUGUUCUGGGGUGGACUCUUCUGGUUGCCGGCCACUGGAUUGGGCGUGGUUUCUUCCUAGUGCUCUAAUGAGAGAUUUAAAAGCAUGAGACUAUGUCAGCCCUUUAUUACUGUUGUCGGCAGUGUGACACUAGUUUGAACCAGUAGGUGGAGAUAAACCCCACCUCAACUGUUAACAGUUAUUAAACAAUAUUUAAACAGAAUGUAAAUAGUAACCUUGACUGUACAUACAGUAUGAGCUUGCUUGCCUUAUACAUUCUGUGGGCUUGAAUCCAUUGAUAUUUUUACUCAUUUGUGUGCUUUUAGAAAUUAUUAGUCCUGACAAAUGUUCUGAAACUGGAAAAAGCUCAGACUCCACCAGUGUGGAAUUCUGGUGUUAGAAGUGAUUUUUGUAUGUUUAUUAUAAUUUAUCAUUUUUCUGUCUUUUUUUUUUUUAAUAGCUCAUUUUAACUUUUGUUUAUCACAAAGUAGGUAAUCUUCUGACUGAGUAUAUGUGUUGUACAUUCACAUCCUGCUGUGUACUCUACUCAGACUGGUGAAAAAAAAAUACUUUAGCGCCAAAAGUUGAAAACUGACUUUUCUGUUUUAAAAUUUAAGAAGACAGCACAUUAUAGAGAAAUUUCCUCUUUUUUUUACAUCCCUGCUAUUUUAUCUUGUGUUUAUGCCAUUUUUCGAUAUUUAUUGUUUGUUAAAAUCUGUAUUGUGUACAGGGAUGUUUAUUUGUUUGUGCCAAUUCUCUAAGCUCCAUAUCAAAAAGGGUUACAAUGUGUGUAUUGGGACAAUAGUAUCUGAAAAGGUCAUAUAUCAGUAAUAAAACUACCAAUAAAGUGUUUAUUAGUG